AUGCAGAAAUCCCGUAAAUCUUACCAGUAUCGGGUGAACGGUAGCGAUAUCAAUCACGUACUGUUGUUCAACGGUCUCUGUUUGGAAUUUCGUUUCACCGGGGACAUUGCGAUAAAACCGGUCAGCCAGUGUGAUGCAAUUCUGUCCGUGCUGAAAACGAAGGACAGUCGAAACGCGGACACACCGGACACAAUGGAUCAUCCGUUUGGCAGCGCGGGAGGCCGUGUCGAUCCAAUGAAACGUUCCUACUCGGUCAUGUUCGGUGGAAAAGCUCUGACGACCGAGACCAGACGAGAUUUUGUGACUAUGCUAACUAGGCAGGCCAGACUGCAACAUCAUGAACUGUUACACGACACAUCCUGUGUGAUAGAAGUUGAACCCAAAGUGUCCGAGGACUCCAAGUAUACACGACGUUCAAUAGAAAAAGUACAUCUGAUCACGGAACUAUUGAAAUUGGCUGCCAAGAGGCAAGAAAAUCCGCCGGAUGACGAUGACAGUGAAGGAGAGGAUGAGGAAGAAAGUGAUGAUCACACGGGAAGACGUUCGUCGAUCAACGGCGGUCACAGUCAGGCAUCGUACGACGGAGAUGAAGGGGAACACGAUGAGGCGAUCAAAGAAGCACAAGCUAUGGCUAUGCGAGAUCAGCCGUUGCCAUUGACGACUGUGAACGCGGAACUGCUUCGCCGAUUGAACAAUAUUGCCGAGAAGAAUAAGAGUAGCAGAGCUUCCGGUCUAAUUACUAAAGUGCACAGUUUGAUGCACUCUUUCGAAACUCNCGGCUCGGCAGUUGAGAAAGAGGAUUCCAACAGACCGAACGCAUCGCAAGGUCUUUCCAAUCUAUCUGACAACGGACAUAGUCAAGAACCAACCGGGCGCCGAACAAGCGAAUCCGAAGCCCGAUUCGACUUGGAUGCGGAAGUCCCGGACGCCGAUCAUUUGGAUGAUGAUGAUGAUGAAGAUUCUCAGGGACAUAAUGCGAUACGGUGGAAUCCCACUGAGAACAUUAGCGCAGCUGAUUCUGGUAGACCAUGUGUGGGUAAUGCCACACCAGAUAUCACGUUCCAGCCACGAAAACCUUUAGCGGCAUACAAUAUCUUAAUCGAUCCAGAUGUCGUGGUCGGCUAUCUGCGUACACCGCAAGGCAAAGGAGGCACGGCAGCCAUCUCGUCCAAAAAGGGUUCUAAAGGUAAACAAUCGACCGGCACACCCCGAUCCCGUUCACAACAAUCGAAUCAGCGUAAUGUGAGCGCCACAGCCAAAGCUCGUGUGAGUUCGUCCACUGACCUGGCUCGGCACAUCACAUCAGAUGUGGAAGACUGUAUGCCCAAAUCGGAUGUGGUCGACCCCGCUAUCUAUGCCGAAUUACAACUUCUCAAGAGCUCCGUUCUGCGGUCAUUGGCACUACACAUUAAGGAACCACAAAAAUUGGCUGAAGCGUUGGGAUUGCCUGUGGAAGAGUACGAUCGACUUGCCAUGCUCAUACAACGUGACUACGAGAACAAUAUGACGCAACUGACAUACGAAGUUCUAAUGGUGUGGAGAAAAUGCUACGCUUCCAAUCAAAUCCAACUCACUUUGCCUCGUUGUGGUAGCACACAUGACGGGGAUACCAGUGCAGAAGAGGCGUUCCGAUCGCCGAUUAGUGACUUGAUCGAUGUGUUCCAAUCGUUGGGCUAUUUUGACGCAGUGGAAAUGGUCUAUCGUCUGAAGCAAGAAUCACAGCCACCAACUGCCAGUUCCACAUGA